AUGAAUUAUCAUGAGCCAAUAUACUCGGGCAAUGUGCCCAAGCCCUUUUUCGUUGUCCCACCAAGGACCUCGCAGGCCGUUGUUAUUAUCGACCCAGACCAGCAGCAGGCCGGGCGAAGACAGGAGCUACGACAGAAUGCACACCAUGGUCCAGGUUCAAGCGCUGCACCCGUGGCGGAUUUGGGCGGCAGAGACGGGUUGCUGAGCCAGGGGCAGGAUCACAUGCAAGCUCAGGCCAGGCUCGCCCCCGGUAGGGCCGAAACCGUCCUCGUCCAUACGGCCCUUGGCCAGAUGCGGCUCGGCCGCGGCGCUACCGGCAGCAGCAGCAGCAGCAGCAACAGUGGCAGCAAGAGAAACAGCUUGUCGCUGCCAGAGACCACCGACCACAGCGACAGCGACCGGCUCAGCCAUGGUUUCGACGUCUAUGCCACUCCCUUCGUGCCCGAGGCGCUCCGAAUUGUCAACUCGCUGCCCAGCAAGAGUCUCUGGAGAACACCGCCGGCCAAGUUCGUCCACUUCAGCCAAUAUGCUGCCAACGCCCUCCGUCUCGUCCAUCUCUUGCCUGCCAUUACUGAUCCAGAUAUCGCCCACUUGCUCUCGCUCGAGACACUCGAACAGGAGCCGCCUCGUCUCACGCAGCACCACUACGAGCGCUUUUUUGCCUUCCACCUUGGACGAGAGAUUCUCAGCCAGCACAAAGAGAACGCUACCUACGCCUUGUUUGGUCACGCCGCCAAGGUCGAUUUUGCGACUAGCACCACUGCACACGUGACCUUGUCAGUGCCCGGCCUGCGCGAGAACAGCCCGUAUGUCGAGGAGGACGACGAGGUAUAUCUGCGCCAGCUCCGCCUCGAUCUUCGGGGCUACCUGCCGCCGGGCUUUUGUCCUUGGACCGAGGUCAUUUACCAUGCCCGCGUGCUUGCUGUGAUGCGGGCCAGGGAAGAGUUGGUCCUCGCCGUCCUAGGCCUUACUCCGGUGUCGAGUGAAGUCAGGCAGCCUCUCCUGCACUUCAACGUCGAGUUCCCCGUGCCGCAGUUUCGCUAUUCUCCCAUGCUCCAUGCUCUCUCCCAGGUGCAAGCCUCGCUACUUAAGGCGAGCCGGACGACAGGCGAGUACCAAAAUUGGCCUGCGGUCACGAUUCCUCGCUCCGAUACCAACCAAUACUGGAUGCAGAGCAUGCUGUUCCCUACCGAAGCUGACUGCGAAGUUCAAGCCAACGCGCAGUGGGGCAUCCAGGUAAAGGACCGUUACACGCCGCUUCUCAACGCCGAGCAGCGCGUCGCCGUCGAGAACGUGUGCCUCCAGAAUUACGGCGUCGUGCCGUACCUCAUCUCAGGCCCACCGGGCACUGGCAAGACGACUACCAUGAUCGAGAUCGCGCUGCAGCUCGUCAACUGCGUCGCCAACCUCUCGCACAUCCUCGUCUGCGCGCCUUCGGAACAGGCUACAGACGCCCUGGCCGAGCGCCUACGCUGCUACUUUACAAACAGCGAAAUGCUACGCCUCAACCGACCUACGCGCACAUUUGCCGAAGUAUCGGAUACGCUCCUGCCUUAUUGCUGCGUAACUCCAGAGAAUGGCUACGACGUGUUUACUCUGCCACCCUUUGAGCGCCUCAUGCGCUACAAGGUGGUGGUGACGAGCUGCCGCGACGCAUCCAUGCUGCUUCACGCCCGCAUGACCAACUUGGACCUAUAUACCGUGGAGGAGGGUCUGCACAGCCUCGCCCGUACCAUGCAUCCCGCCGUUGAUGCCCCCGCCGUCGUGCCCCAGGCCGCCCAGGCCACCGAGCCCGAGACCUUGGUCCCGAUUAGCGUCGUAGCGCCCCCGAAUGACGCUCCGGAUCUUGUCUUCACGCCCUUGCUCGUCAUGGCCGGCGACGAGCACCAACUGAACCCGCGCACCUCGCUGCAGCAAAGCUCACCGCUGCAGCACUCCCUAUUCGCCCGCCUGUUCUCGCGGCCCGUCUACGCCAACCACCCCCUGGCACGGCGAUUCGUUUAUCCCCUCGAACCCGCUCCGCCUGUACGACUCCCGAUGCUGCGGCCCGCCUUCGCUAACCUCGUGCGCAAUUACCGCUCGCACCCGGCCAUUUUGGCUAUUCCCUCCCAACUCUUCUAUGCCGACACUCUUAUCCCCGAAGCCAAAAUGGAAGACACAGACCGGCUAGUGAAGUGGUCUGGCUGGCCGCGCCAGCACUCUCGGCAGCAACUAGGGCCAGCAGCAGAAUCCACUAUUGGGGGUUUCCUCACCGUGAACAGCCUCUCCGUGGCCAAACAAGACAAGGCUCUUUCCGCAUGGCCCGUGUUGCUGCAUGACAACCUGUCUCCCGACGAACUCGAGCGCGACGGUGGCGGCUGGUACAACCUCGGCGAAGCUCAGCUGGCCGUGAACUAUGCCCAACGCCUCGUUGCUUCGGGUCUGGUCAGGCCAGAGGAAGUGUGCAUCAUGAGUCCAUUCAAGGCUCAAGUGCGCCGGCUGCGCAAAUUGAUGAAAGAGAUCCCCUUGACCAAGAACGGGCAAAGCACGUGGGGCGUCAACAUCGGACCGACAGAGGCGUUCCAGGGCCUCGAGUUUGGCGUCGUAAUCCUGUGUACGACGCGCUCACGGAGGCGCUUUGUUGCCAAGGAUAAAACGUUGGGAUGGGGCAUCAUCGGCAUGCCAAACAAGCUCAAUGUUGCGCUCACUAGGGCCAAGUUUGGUCUUAUUGCGAUAGGUGACCGCAAGUUGCUGGCGGCCGAGGAUCCAGAGGUUUGGGACCCGUUUGUAGGGUUUUGCGAGAGGAAUGGGUUGCUUCAGGGGCUGAAUGGCAGAUGCCAGGCUAGCGUCGGAAAUGGCACCGUGACAAGGAUCGAGCAAGUGUUGCUUGCUUCUGACGGGAAGGCGGCGGAUUGGUCGUCCAUGUUGGCGGGGACGGUGCUCCACUGA